AUGUCACGUCGGAACCGAAGCGCUCUUCAGUCUGUGGACUUUGAUACAGACGAGAGCGUGUCUGUUCAACUCGAUGAAAACUAUGAUGAUGGUCUUGCUUUGACAGGAUCUGGUGUAUGGAGCUCGAAAGGACCUAGCGAAGCAGGGCCUCGAGUCAGCGUGCAAAAGACCGCCGUAUUACACACAAAGUGGGCAUGGCGGGGACUCGUUGAUGCAAGCAGCAUUGGAGGUGCUGUACUAUUGAUGAAAUCCUAUUUGAUCGCUUCGACAUGGAGUGUUGGCAUCGCUGAAGCUGCAUUCAUGGCGCAAGGUAUCAAGCCGCAUCCCAAAGGCGGGAGUGAGACUGCAUGGAUCGAAUACGCCGUCCGCACGGUGUUAAUUCUUAACUACUCAUUGAUCUGCUUUGCAUUGCAAAACUUGCCCGUCGUGGGUCGCAUUUUAUCUUUCCUGGUUAUGAGCUUUGUUGAUGGAUUUUUUUGCUUCGAGCAAAUUUGGUCCGUUCGCGGUUGGCCACUGGAAAAGCGGCUGCGCUUCGCCGAGUCGCACUGGUCUUUUCUCAUGGGAUUUGGCAUCCCAUCGACUAUGAUCUCUUUCUUCCACCCUAGCGGUCUUCUCAAUUUGAUGCUUUUCAUGCUUGUAUUUCCUAUUUACUGCGAUGCUUCCCUCUACGAUGCACGGUCGAACACACGAGCCGCAUCUGUCCCUGUUCUUACCAGCGCGAAUUCCUUUGUUCUGGCCAACGGUCCGCGUCCGCCGCUGGCUUUUGUCGCGCAUACCACCUGCUGUGCCUCCUAA